UUACCUCAAGGAUGAAGGAAGAGAAAAGAAUAUUCCCAUAAAAAAAAAGAAGAAAAAAUAAAAAAAUAAUAAAGGGGAACUUCAAUUUAGCAUCUUUGUAGAGACAAAAAACCAUCAAUUGUUGUAAAAAAUCGAAAACAACAGUUGAGACAUCAUCGUCCCACCUCCUUCUCCAGGCCCAGCUGAACAUUUUGGAAGGUGGGUUCUUGAAAAUCUUAGAAAAUGGCUACCAGCAAUGACAUUGUUGCAGCUACAAAGGGUCAAGAAGAACUAAAUGUAUUAAUCUCAGAGAGGGAAAUUUUCGACCAAUGUGGACCUGUGCACCUAACUGCUAUUGACUGGGAAAAUGUUGCUCAUCAACGAUCUGUGGCUGCCAGUUUGGUUCAGGGCGUCUACAUCCUAGAGCGUGACAAGCAAGAAAAACGGAAGGGAAGUCAAGCUCUUGCUCCUCCAUGGUGGAGACAUUUCCAAUUUGAGUUAUAUCGUGUGCUUAUUGAUGAUGUUGAUUCCUGCAUUUUUGGUGCUAUAUAUAAAUUUGCACCCUCAAAAUCUUAUUUUGGCGGUUCCAAAGAUAAAAGCCAACGAUUUGUUAUUGCUUUCCGUGGGACCUUAACCAAAGGUGAUGCAUUUUCUCGAGAUAUACAAUUGGAUAUGCACAUACUCAGGAAUGGACUUCAUCAGACUUCUCGCUUUGAGACAGCCAUUCAAGCUGUUCGACAUGUGGUUGCAACAUUUGGAAGUUCAAGUAUCUGGCUAACUGGUCAUUCCUUAGGGGCUGCAAUGGCAAUGCUUGCUGGCAAAACCAUGGCAAAGACUGGUGUAUUUUUAGAUGCAUUUUUGUUUAAUCCGCCAUUCUUGUCGGCCCCAAUUGAAAGAAUUAAAGAUCAAAAAGUGAAACACGGGAUCAGAUUUGCAACUAGUGUUAUAACAGCUGGACUUGCUUUUGCUGCCAAGCAUAAAAACGUGAAUAAUCAAUCUGGAGAUACAUUUGUUGCAUUAUCUGCAUGGACACCAUGCCUAUAUGUGAAUCCAUCGGAUCCUAUUUGCGCAGAAUACAUUGGCUAUUUUGAACACCGGGAAAAGAUGAAUACAAUGGGAGCAGGAGUUAUCGAGAAGGUAGCAACCCAACACUCACUUGGUGGUCUUGUCUUGAAUUUCAUGGGGAAGGAGUGUGAUGAGCCAUUGCACCUAAUUCCAUCAGCCAAUUUAACAGUAAAUUUGACUCCUCCGUCAGACUUCAAAGGAGCUCAUGGGAUUCACCAAUGGUGGAAACCUGAUUUACUUGUAGAGUCCAGGAAACACCAGUUUACAUGAAUGAUGAUAUAAAACAAAGACCACUACACCGAUAGAUGGUAUGUUUGUCUAUUUUGUAUCCCUGGUCGGGUAUAUUUAUAGUUAUCAACACAUUACAUUUUGCUCUUAGCUUAAUAGUUGUGCCUUCUACUGGUGCUAAAGUUUCUUUACAGAUGCAUUGUCAUCUCUUGUUACCUUCGAUUCGUUCAUGUUUCUAUGUUUUGGUGAAUCUAUCUAUCAGUUCUGUGCCUCAUCCUA